AUGUUCUCGACAUUGGCCCUAUCACCUAUGGGACCUGUGGUCGAAGAAUUCGAACCUGUGCCACUUGAAGAUCAACAGCCUCUAUUGACUUCCUUACAGGAGUCACUAAAGAAAGCAGAGGAGCGAUGCACCAUUGAAGCCUUUAUAGACGAUGAAAAGAUUCUCUAUAAACUCUGGAAAUGCAGGUCCCGGUAUCUGCUGCCGGCCGCUGAGGCUCUGGCCAAUGGAAGUAGGAAUGCACCCUGGCGCAUUUUGUAUGGACAAGCUGGUAUACUAGACUUCUUUCUCCAGCUUGUAGCAUCAAAGGAGGCUAUUGAGGAUGAUCUUCUCCUGCAUUCACUGCGACUAGUUGGUAAUUCCUGCGCUGAUACGAACGAGAAUCGGGAGAUCCUAGUUAAAAACAACUAUACCUCCGCCAUUAUACGACACCUGGCCAACCCAAAGCUUAUUCAGGUGGCUAUACCUGUUCUAUAUAAUAUAUGCAUUGAUUUCGAACCCGCCCAGUCUCAGAUAGCUGCCAACAAGAUUGUCUAUAUUCUUCUGAGAUUGUUGAAGGAUAACGCUCUUGCGAAGCACCCGGCUCUACUUGAUUAUGUCUACGAGCUUAUUGAUUUGGAAUGUUCUAAAGAGGACAUGCAUGCCUUGUCACAGGCUCGGUUGAAGAUAAAUCAGACACUAGCCGAAGUCUCCGCAUUGCCACUAUUCGCAGAGCUCUAUCCGCUUGAUUCCGAUCUUGUGCGCUUACUGGGCUCUUGGCUGGAGGCAAAGGAGGACCAGCUUCAGAUCUGUUCGUUCUGUGAAGAGAUGGUUGAAAAGCUGAACAUCCACAAGGCGCUCAUAUCGCUCCUGAAAAGCGAAGCCAGGGGCGCAGUGCUUCACUCGGCACUCGGCUUUCUGAAAAAUCUGGCAAUUGCCGGUAACAAUAAAGAUCGGCUCGGAGAGGCCGGUCUUAUUCCUGCCGUUUCAGGCCUCUGGCAGUAUGAGACAGUCCCCCAGGUUCAGUUUGUUGCAACUAGCAUCACACGGCAGGUGAUCAUCUCCUCAGUGGGGAACAUCGCUCGCUUGCUUGAGGAGGCACCUGUGGGUGACAAGGAGAUCGAGGGUGAAGGGAAGACCUACCUCUCAUUUCUCCUCGCGCUGUUUGCAAAGACAGACUCAGCCCCCAUCAAAACGGAGAUCGGGCGUAUCGUGGCUUCUAUAUGCCGCACCUUGGUCCCCAGAGUGCGUGAGAAGGAUAGCGGUGCCGAGGCCCUCCUUAGAAAAACCUUUGAGCCGCACGACGAUAUUCCGUUACCUGUGGGUGCCAUGAUCACUCAGUCACAAUGGCCAGUUGUUCGGAGCGAGGGCUGGUUUACUCUUGCUUUGAUGGCGUCGACACAAGGUGGGUUGAUUGUAGCCUCGAAAUGUAUAGAGAAGAUGGGCAUUAUGCCAGUGCUCGAGGAAGUGUUUGCUGCAGAUUCGACCGAUUUUACCGAGGCAGACAACCUGCAACUCAACAAGGAUCGCGGCAACAUCAUUGUGCUUAUGCAAGAGUUGCUGAAGAGUGAUCUUGCCGAGGAAGGGGACGGGGAACGCGGCAAGACAAGUGAGAUGCAGAUGCUAGAAGUCUCGCGCCGAGAGAUCCAGAGGAAAGUCGACGAGGAAGCAAGUGGUUUGUCUAGGCUCUGGCAAACCUUGGUCCUUUACGGGCAUCGCUUCGUAUACGAUCCGAUAGCUACCGGUUUUCGCUUUGUCCACCUGCUCAUAAUUUUCCUGCCUGUCGUGUUCACGGCACCCAUCUUAUGCCUUGGAGGAAAUGGGAAGAAUCGGGAAGCGGUGUCGUCGGGGACCAUUUGGUGGUACAAGUUUCUGGUGCGGUCCAUGGAACGUGCAGGCCCAGCGUUCAUCAAGCUCGGACAAUGGGCAGCAUCACGUACCGACAUCUUUCCUCCCGACCUGUGCGACAUCAUGUCUUCUCUCCACUCGAACGCGCCUGCACACUCGUUACGCCAGACCAAGAAGAUCAUCAGCAAGGCUUUCAACAACCUGCCCUUCGAAGAUAUUUUUGAGGAAUUUUAUGAGGAGCCUUUAGGAGUAGGUGCCAUCGCCCAGGUCUACAAAGCAAAAUUGAAGCCCAACCUGGCGGGAACAGACGAUGGUGCUUUCGACGGUCAACCGUCCGGUUUACGAGGGAAGGUCCGGAAGAAUGUCGAGGCCUUGGUCAAGAGCAGCCCUCAGCGGGUUCCGUCGUCAUACGUAGCCGUCAAAGUGCUGCAUCCAAAGGUGGAGCGCAUGAUCCAUAGGGACUUGAAGAUUAUGUCCUUCUUUGCCUCUCUGAUCAAUGCCAUCCCUACAAUGCACUGGUUGUCUUUGCCGGACGAAGUCAACCAAUUUGGAGAGAUGAUGAAGCUGCAGCUGGAUUUGAGGAUCGAAGCAGCAAACCUGGUCAUGUUCCGGGAGAAAUUUAGGACCCGGACUACAGCCUGGUUUCCUUACCCGUACAUAGACUAUUCGACCCGGGAGGUGCUCGUGGAAGAGUUCGCCCAAGGGAUCCCCCUCUCGACCUUCCUUGACGUCGGCGGAGGGGUUUACCAACGAGAAAUUGCGAAUGAGGGCCUGGAUGCCUUCCUUCACAUGCUAUUGAUUGACAACUUUGUCCACGCUGAUUUACACCCAGGAAACAUCAUGGUACGAUUCUAUCAGCCAAGUGAAUUAGACCUGUCCCUCCGCAAUAAAAGCCGUGCAUCGGAUGCACCAACUACAGCCGAAGUUGAUGUCACAGAGUCGGUGCUUGCUCGGCUGCGACCGCAUGCCAGUAACCGGCGCAAUUGGGAGUCGGUACUUGAUCAAUUGAAUGCAGAAGGAUAUCGACCCCAACUUAUCUUUAUUGAUACCGGACUCGUGACACAAUUAAACGACCUCAACCGCAGAAACUUCAUCGAUUUGUUUCGCGCGAUUGCCGAGUUCGAUGGAUACCGAGCAGGUGAGCUUAUGGUCGAGCGCUGCCGCCAGCCGGAAGCUGUGAUUGACCCUCAUUACUUUGCAUUGAGAAUGGAGCAUCUGGUCUUGAAUGUCAAGUCGCGGACGUUCGCACUGGGCAGCGUCAAAAUCGGCGACGUUUUGAGUGAGGUGCUGUCCAUGGUCCGAAGUCAUCAUGUUCGAAUGGAAGGGGAUUUCGUCAAUGUCGUCAUCUCCUGUCUUCUUCUCGAAGGUAUUGGCCGGAACCUGGACCCGGACCUCGAUCUAUUCAAAAGUGCCCUGCCGAUACUGCGAAAAUUAGGUUCGAAUGUCACAUCCCUGAAAUCAGUCCGGUCCGGGGAUGUGUCUAUGCUCCGUAUUUGGGUAGGACUUGAAGCGCGUGAACUGCUCCAGAGCAGCAUUGACAGCGUUGAACAAUCGGAUCAGAAGGUCAACAGCAAGAUCUCGGCACUGAUGUAG